AUGGGACGAAAAUAUAAACAGUUCUUAUCUAUCUAUCUAUCUAUCUAUCUAUCUAUCUAUCUAUCUAUCUCAGUUCUUAUCUUUCCUUCUCAUUCUCUCAAAUCUAUCUAUCUAUCUAUCUAUCUAUCUAUCUAUCUAUCUAUCUUUUGUCUGUCAUUUCCCCAUUUCUGUGAUUUUACAAAUUUUCCUGUCUUUUCCCUCUCUUCUCCACUUCUUUCUUUCUUUCUUUCUUUCUGUGAUUUUGCAAAUUUUCCUGUCUUCUUCCUCUCUUCUUUCUUUCUUUCUUUCUUUCUUUCUUUCUUUCUUUCUGUGAUUUUGCAAAUUUUCCUGUCUUCUUCGUCUCUUCUUUCUUUCUUUCUUUCUUUCUUUCUUUCUUUCUUUCUUUCAGUGAUUUUGCAAAUUUUCCUGUCUUCUCCCUCUCUUCUCCACUUCUUUCUUUCUUUCUUUCUUUAUUUCUUUCUUUUUUUCUUUCUGUGA